AUGGUCGUGCGUAUCUUCACGCUCAAGAGCGACGGCAACGGCAUCCCGCACACGGUGAUGAUGCCGCCUGCCUUCUUCCGCCAAAUGCGGGCGUUGGAAGAGCAGACGUUGGCACUUACGACGGGUAGUCAGAUGCGAGCAAGCUGCAAGGGACGCGAUCCUUCCAUCUCCAGAGGCAGCAUUCGUUCAAGAGGAGUUUUCAGCACCAAGACUUUAGACAAGCUUGUUGUUAUUCUUACGGAGGAAGACGCGGACGGUCUUCCCACAACGAUCGGAAGACGCUCAGCUAAGCCAGUGCCUUUAGAAACAGCAGCCAAAGCCAUGCUGCAGCUCUGGAAGUGCUGUAUGCAGAUACUCGAGAUGCUCGUGGACGGUGCAACCCCCGAGCCAUCGCUAAGACAUACGAUAGCUCAGUCAAAGGAUGUAGCCAUUGCAGCUGCGAACGAGAAGCGACGUCAGCUCGAGCAGGCAACUUUAACGCUGCUGGUGCUGGUGAUCAGGAGACAAGAGUUUGAUGCUCUUCUUGUUGCGGUAAGCCACGGUGGGUGCAAGUAUCACACGCCUACAGAGGGCAUGAUUCGACUGACGAGUCGUUUGUCUCGCAACUCGCGUCGGUCGCGUCAUGGCUCCGCGAUUGUCAAUAGUGGCAACAGGUCUAUGCAAUACGUGACUUCAAUGCGUCAAUCAAGGAAAGAUAAACGAGGACAGGACCGCAAUGUCAGGCUUUGUGACUCGGUGCAUCGGUUCUUGGAGCUGCAUCUGUCGACGCUGCAGUAUGCAUUUGGGACGGUACACGGCCCUAUGGACUGCAGUGGAAGCAACACGGAAUAUGACCCGUUCGACCAGCACCAGGAGCUUUUAUCCGCGCUCGUUGCUACAUCUUAUAUGCGUGUACCGCGACUGCGCAGCCGUAUACUUGACAACCUGAGCAACAUGCUACCAUCAUCGGCGGGCAACAGUACCAACUCGGCUUCACUCUCAUCUGGUAAUUCUCGUGGACGCGGCAGGUCCAUGUUUGAAGAGAAGCUGCGUUUGACGCCGUUCAACUGGCACCACAGCAUGUACCCGCAGUGCCAGAAUCUUCUGACAAUUGUGAAUCGUGAAGAAUGUUGGGCUCCUGCAGCGCAAAUGUUGAACCAGCUGAUGGUUGACUCGGACGGCUGUAUGCUAGUUCUCGCGCAAAUUUUCGAGCAACUCAUAGGGCAGCAGGUUUUGGGACGUACUGAUUGGAUGAGUCUCCCUGGCGCCGAAGUGUUCAAGGAAGCGACGUUAGAGAUUACUAAGAGUCUCUUUCACACGGAACUGCAGCAACGGGAACCCAAAUGGCAAGACGAUGCGGAGGAGAAAGUUGUCAACAAAACUGCUUCGGCUCGCGAGAAGGACGUUUUACCUUUCCGCGAUUCAUUCUCUUUGAUGGAUGGAGGUUUAGAGGAAAUCAAUACGCCGACGGCCUACUUCGCUGCCCAGGUGACGUCAAUGAUGAACGAAAACGAAGGAUUUAUUCACGAGUAUUUGAUGGCAAUUCUUCGAUCCACCAACUACAUGUUGCCACAUCACGUCACUUUGUGUUUGCAGUACAUGGAGAAACUAAUGCUGGAAUUUCCACUUUUUUUCGCCAGCGAGCCUGCAGCACAAACUAUCGCGACCAUGGACACCUCGAUCCCGCAGAAUCAACCUCAACAGAGACACUUGUGUGCCGAUGUGGUGACACUACGCUACGUAUUUUCGAGCCUCCUGGAUUCAGAGCACUUUGAGAUCUUGAAGGCAACAGAGCUGUUUAUACUGAGAAACUUCAUGGGCCUUUCAGUUUCGUUGCAACUGCAGCUGAUGGACUUGUUUGCAUUGCACCUGAAGCGGCUUUUUGUUCAUUGGAAUCGCGACGUUCGGUAUUGCUUUUACCACAUCUUGCUGUAUCUGACAUUUUCGGGCAACCGCCUAGUGCUCGGGGCCAAAUCGGAUGAGGUUCUUAUGGGUUCGAAGGCUUCUCGGCUUUUCGACAUUCCUGGUCUUGUGCGAAUCGGGGACAUUGCCAGCUGGAACGCCUUUGACACCCCAUUAAUGGAAAUUAUCACGCGCUACUUGCAGAUAACCAAGCGUCGACCGCGUGCAAACCAACCACCUACUUGGGUGGACACCGUACCUGAAUCCAUGGUACUGCGUGCCGUGAACGAGUACAAGACCCACGUAAUAACGUACUUUGCCUAUGCGCAGCAGAUAUCGAUGCACCAGCGCGUACCUACCCCCAUCUUUUCCGUCAAGACUGGAGAAAAUGCCUCUGCAUCCGAUAGCCCUCGUACAGUGACAGUGCUAGCCUGA